UACGCAGCUCCAAUCCUCAAAAAGAUUCAACAAGCCAAGAUGGAUCCUGUGUUUCACUCACUGGGUCACCAUCAAACUCGUGAACAAAGAGAUGAAAAAUCGCAACCAUUGCUCAAAAUAGGACACUAUGCUCUUGGAGAUACUCUUGGUGUCGGAACCUUUGGAAAAGUGAAAGUUGCUAAACACCACAUAACUGGUCACCAAGUUGCUAUCAAAAUUCUUAACAGACAAAAGAUUAAAAGUCUUGAUGUAGUUGGGAAGAUAAAAAGAGAAAUUCAGUUUCUGAAGCUCUUCAGACAUCCGCAUAUCAUCAAAUUGUAUCAAGUGAUCAGUUCACCAUCUGAUAUUUUCAUGGUCAUGGAAUAUGUCUCUGGUGGAGAGUUAUUUGAUUACAUUCUAAGUCAUGGAAAGCUUCCGGAGAAAGACUCCAGGCGGUUUUUUCAACAGAUAAUAUCAGGAGUUGACUAUUGCCACAGACACAUGAUUGUUCACAGGGAUUUAAAGCCAGAAAACCUAUUGUUGGACAACUAUGGCAAUGUAAAAAUUGCAGAUUUUGGGCUUUCUAAUAUGAUGCAUGAUGGUGAGUUUUUAAAGACAAGUUGUGGAUCCCCUAACUAUGCUGCACCAGAAGUGAUCUCUGGAAAGCUUUAUGCUGGUCCUGAGGUUGACAUUUGGAGUUGUGGUAUCAUCCUCUAUGCCCUGCUUUGUGGCUCACUGCCAUUUGACGAUGAACACAUUCCAACUCUCUUUAAAAAAAUCAAAUCUGGCUACUUCAGCAUUCCACCACAUCUCUCCCCAUUGACUGCAAGUCUUGUAACAGCUAUGCUUCAAGUUGAUCCAAUGAAGCGAGCAACCAUGGAUUUCAUCAAAGAGCAUGAAUGGUUCAAAGAAGACCUGCCUGCAUAUUUGUUCCCUUCACUUGAUCAUGAUGGGAAUUCCCUUGAUGAAGAUGCCAUCAAUGAGAUAUGCGAGAAAUUCCAAGUCGAAGAAAGUGAUGUUCGUAUUGCACUAGCAGCUGGGGAUAUGCAUGAUCAACUAUUGGUGGCUUAUCAGCUGAUUCUAGAUAACAGACGCAUCAAUGCAGAAGCUAAAAUGACUCCAGGUUUUAUUCCUACUCCAUCGAGGGAAAGGUCAGGAAGUCUACCUACUUCACCCAGUGGAGGGAAAUCUGGGUCAUUUCCAAGACGACGUGCCACUGUCUCAGCUGCAAGUGGCUCAAAGGGAGCACAAAGACGUCCCAAAUGGCACCUUGGCAUCCGGUCUCAGAGUCGACCACAGGACAUAAUGGCAGAAGUGUACAGAGCGAUGCUGCAGCUUGGAUAUGAAUGGAAAAUAAUCAACCCCUUUUCUGUGCGAGUGAGAGCUAGAAACAAGGCAACAAACCGAUGGGUUAAGAUCCACCUUCAGCUGUACCAGGUUGACAGCAAGAGUUUUCUGCUGGAUUUCAAAAGCUUGGCUGCAGAUGACGAAAAUUCUAGUGGUAGAUCAUCAGGCCCUUCCUCGGGGCGUUCUACUCCCCGAUCUUCGGUCAGCUCAACAGCUCCACUUGAAAUCCAAGCGGGAAAUUACAGCAAGGCGAGAUUUGAUUCAUCCGCCCACCAUAUCAUGGAAUUCUAUGAAAUGAGCUCUGACUUAAUCGUGGCGCUUGCAUGCUAAAAUAGUUAGUUUAGAGAAAUUUAUGAUGGUAUUGUUACUGUUUUACGAUGAUGAUCUACACGAGAAAUUCAUAUAGAAACUGCGUACUUUAAAUCCCGGUGUUCCAAAAUCAAGUUUAAAUCCCGGUGUUCCAAAAUCAAGUUUAAAUCCCGGU